CACACACACACACACACACACACACACACACACACACACACAUACACACACACACAGACACAUUAUGGUAUAAAAUAUAAAAAAUUUUCCCCCUGUGAUAGGACAGGUAUGGACUGACAGAGAGAAGCGAAUGGAAUGUGGAAAGUCCUUGAGUUUAAAUAUUUCAUGAACAAAGCAACAGUUGGUAAAACCAGCAGGGCUUACAAUACAACAGACACACAUAGGUAACCAAAACACAGACAGCACAACACAACCAACAGAGAGACACUCAAGAACAAACACAAAAGAUCCGCUGAGAGCCUCUGGUGAUCGGCGAGUGAAGUACAGCAGCAGAGCACUGACGAUACACAACACAUCUGUGUGGGAAAUAAACCAUAUAGCAAAUGAUGAAGGAGAACAUUAGACUUGUGUAAAGGUUUUGUAGUUAACACCAUAGGAAACUAGCCACCUAGGGCAUGAAAAUAGUGCUAGGUCCGGGCUCUGAUUUGGGUCAUGGACGGCAAGGGACAACUGCAAAUAAGAAAAUAAAUUAUAUUCAAAGUAAAUACAUAAGGAACAACAACUUUGAAUUACUUGAGCAACAUUGUAAUGAAAUGGUCCCAAUAAAAAUCAAUUAAUAAUUAGAAUGACUGUCACAUUUAGUCUGUGUCUCUCACCUGUCUUUGAGCUUUUGAUAUCUUGUGUGUAUGUACUGUCUAUGAUUUUUUUUUUAGUUCCUUGUCGGUAGCAGAAGAAGUUAACGUGUGUGUAUAGGUCUAUGUGUGUGUGUGUGUGUGUGUGUGUGAGACGUCAUUAUCUACUCCUGUUAUUAGGUCAUUCAGUGAUACUGAUACUGUGGCUACCUUUGACAACCACAGCUAAUCUGAGUCAAACAUGAAACUGUGAGUCAGUGGUACGCUUCAUUACAGUCAGAGGUAGAUUAAGAUGUGUGUGAUGAGGGCUGAGGGCUAGCACCUUCUCCAGCUUUGUUUAAGUUAACCAGUUCUACUAUAUGGAAACCAGUGUGUCAAAUUUUGUCCUGAAUAUGUGGAUUUCAGAUUUCAUGUCCUAUUUCUGAUUGAGCAGCACUUGUUGGUGUGGUUUCAAAUGACACUGAUAUGAUGUAUGUAGCUGUCAGACUAGCUCCAGAGACAACAUCGUUACAUAAUUACAGUCAUUAAGAGUGUGUUAAUCACAAUCCUUAAAAUAUCACAUUUCUGUUCUGCACGUACGAUGCAACCUGAAGAUAAAGGAGAAAAGGUUCCAAACAUGUAAACUAUGCAAUUUGUGUCUUGUGUGUGUGUGUGUGUGUACCUCUGAUGUCAUAUAUAUCAUAUAUAUUUCAUGCAUCUUGGUGCUGCGUGCUGUAAAUGAUGAAUGUGUGCAUUACGCAAGACUCCUAAAUCUACUUACACAUUAGUAUCGUCACGACUGACAUUAAUAUGCAUGAGUAAUUCAUAGAUAAUAAAGGUUAGCUUUCCAUAUGCUCAUUUUAUCAGCUGUAAACACAAACCUGAACUACCAAAUGGGCCUGAUUCAGAAUAUUUUAAUUUCAGAAUAACGUUUAAUCAGCGAUCAAACUAUGGUCUGUAUGGACUGGUUGAGAAAGAACUGUUUUGACAUUCAUUCCGUGUUUGUUUGCUGGAACUGUUAAUUAGAACAACAUAUUUGCAAUGACUUGACUGUGAAAAGAGCAAGACUAAUAAUCGUUUCAUUGGAAAAUACCUAAGAUGCAUAAACAGCUCAGUGAAGUUCAUGGGAAACGAGUCGAAGCACAAAAAUGUAACCAAGAACACACGACUGCCUGAUAAGAAUCUGAAGUGUAACUCUCAAGGGCAUUUUACCACUCUUACAAUAACACUGGAGAAACCUCAAAGCACCGCCGCACAGAGCUAAAUACCUCCCUUUAUCAGCUGAAGCUGAAGAUUCUCCUGCGGUAUUUUGUUUAUUUGUUUGGCCCUCCAGGAAAUACCUUCUCCAGCUAUUCUUUCGUUAAUAUUAGUGACUGUACUGAUGUAUUUGUGUCCCCUUCAGUGGAAUAAAUCAAAAUAGCGUUUGAAGCAUAGGGGCGGGACUGUGCCGGGUACCUCAGUACCACAGAAAUCUACCCAGUUGUGAGGAAACCCUCCAAACCUGUUGGUGCAGGUAUGAGCUUUGACUGACAGACUGAGGUGUGAAGUUUCCUCCUGUAAUGUGAGUGCGUGCCACUGAUUUCAGUGGUGCAUGCGUGUGAUGGUGCGGCGACACUGAAGACCGUCACACAGACUCCUGGAGAAGCACACUGAGGGCCGUCCGUCGAGAUGCAUCAGGGACGUCUGCGGCUGCGGCCGUGGCUGGAGGAACAGAUCGAAUCCGGCACAUACCCUGGAGUCGUGUGGCUGGACCAGUCUGCCAGAGUUUUCCAGAUUCCCUGGAAGCAUGCGGCCCGGCACGGCUGGAAUAUCGAGAAGGACGCGACUCUGUUCCGAAACUGGGCCAUCCACACAGGGCGAUACAAACCCGGCACAGACAAACCCGAUCCAAAGACGUGGAAAGCAAACUUCCGAUGUGCGCUCAACUCCCUGACAGACGUCAAAGAGCUUCAGGACAAGAGCGUCAAGAAAGGCCACAACGCUUUCAGAGUUUAUAUUCUCCUCCCACACAGCAAAACAGUCAAAAGACACAAAGCUUUAAGGUGUUUGGAUACCGACAGUAAAGCAGCAAUGUCUCCACAAACACAGAGGAACAUACCACUGGAGAGAUUUACAGCUAAGACACAAACGUCCUUCCCUACUUUAAUGGAGAUGUCAUAUCUUUCCCGUAUGGAUACAGAGGCCUUCUGGAAGCUCACAGACAACCGAGGCAGUGCCACGGCUGAAGCCAAGCGUGUGGAGGAGGAGAGACCAGUCAUCACCUUCUCACAGGGACUGCAGCUGAACAAAACAGAUGAGCACGAGAAAAGAGAAGCUGUGCUGAAGAUCGUGGAUCACCUGAAGCACCCGGAGCACUGGAGUCCCUCGUACGAGAGCGACCGGGGCUGGAGACCCAACUCCAUGUGGAUGGGAUGCCUGUGUAAGAAAACCUCAACAUCCUACUGCUAUUCCCAGAGAACACUGCUAUUCCAGAGAACACAUUUCAACAGUGUUCCACCUAACCAUUUGAUCAUUUUAAUAAUUAUGUAUGAACUCCUCUGAUUUCAGGUGAGACGAUGGAGUUUUCUGGUUACUCCUUCCAGACUGACUGUAACGUUCACAAUACCUCGUCAGGUCAAUACGACUAGACCCACUAAACCAGCAGGUUCAUACUACUGCAUUUGUAUUUUUUGCAGUGCAACUGAAGAAAAAAAGUCAUUAAUGUUAAUAAGUGGACAGUGAAACUGUGCCUGAAUGAUUUUGAGUUGUAAUUAUGUUAAAUUAUGCUAAAUGACAAUUUCUUGGUCACUAAAGAAGACAUCAGCUAUUUUUAUUUGUUUGCCAAACUUUUCAAUAAAUCUUGAGUUUAUGCUUUGGAUUAAACUGUGUGGCUUCAUUCCCUCCUGCAUCUGCCAGGGCUGUCCCCGUUUAACUCCAAAUAUAAGACCUUGAUUAGCUGGAUGAAACGUGGUCAUUUCGACUAAUAAUCACAGGCUUCUUUCUUUUCAGAGACUGUAAAAAAGUCGGGAGAUUUUAAUCAUAUUACCACAAUGUGAUUUCUUUCAAGAUCAUGUCAUUCCAGCCCACAUUGGAAGAGCAAGACAGUUUU